AUGUACGCUUCAAAUAAUGCCCUGCGCACACUGAGGCGGGUCAAUUCUGUGAGCAACCUGCGCGGUGAGGAGACUGACAGUAAUCUGCUCGUACCUGAUGUGCCGCGCUCACCCACGGGUAGUAUGCUGGACGACAUUGAUUUGGCUGACUACGGCAUUGCAAGUGCUCAAUCCAACCUGGCUCAACUCCCUGAAAGAGUGGCCACAUCCGCACAUGCCAUUACCAGCAGCUCUGGCACAUCGUCUCCGCAGAUGGAACCAGGGCGAAGCCCGGUGAUUGAGAAUCCCUAUGUGCCUUCGGAAGACCACAAUGGCUCUCAAGAAACGCUGGCUGGACGAACAUGUCGCAGACUUGACAUUUUGAAAGAGAUUUGGCUCGCUUUGCUCCUUAUCCUGGUGCCAUUGUUGCUGAUCGCUAUUGUUCUUACCGGAUUCGUCGCAAUAUUCAAAGUCAGGCCAGAGAAGGGGCUCUUCUCCGAGCCGCCAGGAUGGAACAGCGCCUCCCAGCCAGGGCACAUUCUGCUCGCCAUCCAGACAACUUGGUUGGCGUUCGUUGCGUCUCGGGCAUCGCAGUGUGCAGCUCUCCUCUCCGGGCCACUUAUGGAGUUAUGGCGAUGGAGAACUGCUCGCUCUCUCAUUGAAGCAUCCUCGAAAACGUCGACCGUUGAUCUACCCACCCCCUAUCAACUGGGACUCCUCAUUGGAGUUUGCACGGCUUCAUUCGAUCGCCUGCGAAGGUGGACCUCGUACCAUCUCUUUCGCAGACAAGGACCGGGUCCGGCGCAAGGCCCCCCAGCUCUCCUCCAAGCAGCCAUGUUCAGCUACCUGCUAUUUGCCCUUGCCCUAGCUAUGCUCGUUGCUGAUGCUACGUUGCAUUAUACGACGGAGACUAUAGAAUAUUGCCGCACGAAGCUCGCUGAUCGCAUGGCGAGUUUUGGACGCGGACUCUCCCCAGAAUGCCAGGAUUUCGAUCGACGGGAGAAUUAUGGUCUACCGUGCACUGUCAACAUCACAGCUUCUCUUGAAGAUAUCUCUGGACCGCGCAACGAUGCUCUUAGGCUAUAUCACAAUAAAUCCGAUACUUCAAACCUCCUUUCGCUGCCAGGCAAAGGAGCAGAGCAGAGCGACACACUGAUUACCGCGCAUCGACAAUUGGUGUUACGACAAGUUGUGAACCCAUCACUCCCCGAUGCAACUUCGGGUCCUGGGGGCCCCGAUGAUAUGUACUCUGGCUUCUACUGCUCUGAGAAUUUAUGGGGUGUAUUGGGAAAGCCUGCCAAUGACAGUUUUGAUCCCGACGUACCACCGUUGGCUUUCAAGUUUGCGUCGAAUAUGAUCAUCUCUUUCUUCACAGAUGAUAGCUGGACUACACCAUAUAAUCCCGUCGGCUAUAACCCCCAAAGUGGACAAUCAGACCCAGACAUACCUGCUUGGCCCGAUAACGAAUUGAUCAACCAGGUGCAUGUGGCCGUCGCGGCCAGGUCUGCAUCCACGGCGACUCUUGCGGGGACCAAUCUCUCGAAUGACCCCGGCUUCUACGACCCGGCCUCCGAAGUGUUUGACGUCGUCCUGGGCUGCAGCUACCAAGUCGUUGAGGUCGAAUACACCUGGUUCAUGGGCACGGUGAAGGACUACACAGCGACCCCUUUCCAAAAUGGAAACAUAUCUGAGAUGUGGCACGGCCUUCAUAUACCGAAUGCGGUGUCCAGCGAAAGUCCAGCUCUACAAUCCAUCCUCGACCAAGCUGCCAUGGAGCCGUCCAGUAAACGCUUCGCUAGUACCUGGGCGCACCUUUACUCGUAUGCAGUUAUGGCGGCCAUUGGAGGGUACACCUCUGAGAGAGCGAACAUGCUUCAACAGGUCCGGACCCCUGUGUUGGUUGUCAAAGUCUGGAUUCCAGCAUUGGUGUUCAUGCUUCUCUUUUCCACGGUCUAUAUUUGUCUCGGUGUUGCCCUUGCCAUGAUCGCAGUACGAACGUCCUCUGAGAUCGACCUCAGGGAUGCCGUCAACAGGCUGAGCAUAUGGGGACUUGUGCAUUGGGCUGCAUCAUCGGACGAAGAAGGCGACAGGCUUCCAGAGGAGAAGGAUGUGAGGGUCGAGCACUCACUAGUUGCUUUCACUAACAACGGCACUGUACAUUCGUUUGCGCGUAUCACACAGUUACCAGCUGCAGCUCGGACCGGGCUGUAGGGGUACAAACUGACCAUUUGUCGAUUACUUCCCGGUUCUGGCACUCGGUCCGGCUACCUAUACCGAAAGUCAACCUCUUUCCUUCUCACAAACUUGGCUUUUUGUCUUGAGUCACGGUCGAGUUGUGGCCUGGAGUACCAAGCCCGCUACAAAAGUUCCUGC